GCUUGGCACCCGCGCUGGGCUGGGCCUCCUUGAAUCCGGCGAACUCUGCACAGGGCUCCCUCACCUCAGGGGAACGAGGGAAGAAGGCGGGUGAGAGCAGGUCUGAGUCAGGUUUGGAGGGAAGGUCAAAGGGUAAGAGAAGGCAUGCCACCUGGGCUGGGCGCCGAGAAGCGACUGGCCCGGAGGCCCUGCUUAUUCUGGCUCUUGGGUGUGGAUGGCCUGACAGUUCACUUGAGACCGGCGGGCUGAUGGCUGGCACCACGGAAUCUGAAGAGAUGCUGAAUCAGGGGCGUGUGGGCAGGGCAGGCCUUGGCACCACUGCCUUCUGAGUUCUCUCCACACCCUGGACAGGAGUCCUCGACACAGGCCCGCGGCUCUAUGCCUUAAGCUCAACAAGCCGCUCUCAGCCCAGAUGCAAGUUCAGCGAAAGACAAGACAGGAUGCAAAGCAUUCUGAUCACUCGUCACUGCGGACAGCAGCACUCUGGGCAGUGUGUGUUCUGUGAACGAAGGUGCACAGGAAAGCAAUUCAGAGCGAUUCUUAGGGGGAGAGACGGCGCGAGCCCGAGAGGUGGGGGUGAGGGUGGUUAAAAAGAGGCCAGAUGGUCAGGAUGGGAAGCCUUCAGAAUUUCUUGACGAGCUGGAGGUGAGUGAAGGGUUGCUAAGGCCUUUGGCCUCAGCAGCUGGAAGCCAGUUGCCCUCAGCUGUGGGCAGGAAGGCGCAGAUGGAGCCGAGCUCCGCAGGCAGGUCACAGCCCAGCUGGGCCUGGCGGGCUCCGCUUCCUCUCCCCAAGGUCUGCCACAUUCCCUUCAGUGAGCUUGGGCGGGGGGUGUCUCGGCCUUCUUCCUAAAGACAAACCAGGGGGUCCCUCCCUCUCCAGGGAAGGACAUCUUCUGAGGUCCCCCUGCAGCGUAUCUCCCCUCAGAGCCGGCCCCCCCAGGGCUGGUACCCUUAGGCAGGGCAGGGCUGGGAACCUGAGCCACCGUCCCGCUCACACUGGAGCGCAGCGUGGGGACACGGAAAACCUUGUCACUGUCACUUUAAAUUUCUUGGGAGGAGGGGGGUUCCUCGACCCCAGAUUCAGAGAAGGAAGUGGGGCAGGUUUGCAGAGUACCCAGCAGCUGCUCCCAGGGCCAGCUCAUCCUCAUACGUAAAACUUCCUGCGAUGACACCGGAAAUACAAGUGCUGUCCCCACGACCACAGCCCCCUGGAGCCCGGGCCAGAGGGGAGCCAUGGACAGGCCCCGGGCCCUGGGCCUGCUCUGGGUGCUGCUGACUCUCUGCCUCACUGCCGGGACUCCGGAGGUGUGGCUGCAGGUUCAGAGGGAGGCCACCGAGGCCUCCUUCACCAUCCGCUGUGGAUUCCUGGGCUCGGGCUCCAUCUCCCUGGUGACUGUGAGCUACGGGGGCCCCGACGGUGCUGGGGGGACCACGCUGGCCGUGCUGCACCCCACACUCGGCACCAAGAACUGGACAGCCGCCUGCCGGGCCCGCUGGGAAACCAGCACCAGCGUCUCCCUCACCGUGGAAAGCGCUCCCACCGCAGGGAGGGGCUCCGGCCCCAACACCACAUUCUGCUGCAAGUUCACCUCCUUCCCUGAGGGCUCCCAGGAGGCCUGUGGGAACCUGUCCCUCAGCGCAGACCCAGGGCUCCCUGCUGCCAGUCCAGCCCCCGUGCUGCGGGCCGACCUGGCUGGGAUCCUGGGGGUCUCGGGGGUCCUCCUCUCUGGCUGCAUCUACCUUCUCUACCUCCUGCGUCGGCAGAGGCACUGGGCCAUCAUGAAGCUUCAGCCGCCCAGACACAGCAGCCCCCAGACAGACGGGGGAGCCAGUGCAGCCGGCCAAGCCUCCCUGACCUCCUUCCAUGCCCCCUAUGCCACCGCCACCGCCACGACCACCAACUACUUCAGCCCGGCAACCCUGCACCGGGUCCCCCCACCCCAGCCACUGCCCGGGUGGGUGCCGCUCCCCACCCACGCCGCGCGCCUACCCCAGAGCCCCGGCCCCUGGGCACCCCCGCUGGCCUCCACGCGCAGCAGCUUCGUCUCGGUGGAGAACCGACUCUACGCUCAGGCGGAAAAGCGGCCGCUCCACGCCCCCGCCGACUGCAUCCUGCUCCCGGACCCUCUGGGGCGCAGAGCCGCUUUGGGGCCUUCAGGAGUGCGAUGAGAGGGACCCCAGGUCACUCUGCCCUUCUCUCCGGGCCUCUGGGACCCCCCCUCUGUUGGAUGUCUGCGUUCUGGGGGCCACCAUCUUUGCACAGCUUGUUUUAUCCUUAGGCUUCCAGCCAGCGUCUCCACACAGACCCUGCGGGCUGCGGAUGUGGGCAGCACAUGUUCAAGUCUGGGCACGCAGGUGUAUGUGUGAGGUGACAAAACCCCAUCCCCGGUGGUUUCCUGUUUUCAAGUCCUCAGCCCCCCAGGUGAGGGCGAUAACUGUCAACAAAAAUGGUUUCUCUGA